CCCUAACACAAAACGCAUCGUCGUUUUACUAUAAUAGUUUUUUGUCCCAAAUCACUUCACUUUGGUAGUGCUUUCCGUUCUACAUCUCAACGCAAAGCUCUUGCAGCUGCAGCACCCUCACUCUCAGUUUCCCUGAGCUUUGUUGUCAGUGAUCAUGGUGAGGGUUAGUGUUUUGAAUGAUGCUCUCAAGAGCAUGUACAAUGCUGAGAAACGUGGGAAGCGCCAAGUCAUGAUUAGGCCAUCAUCAAAAGUGAUCAUCAAAUUCCUUUUGGUGAUGCAGAAGCAUGGCUACAUUGGGGAGUUUGAGUAUGUAGAUGAUCACAGAGCUGGCAAAAUUGUGGUCGAGUUGAAUGGUAGAUUGAACAAGUGUGGGGUUAUUAGUCCUCGCUUUGAUGUCGGCGUGAAAGAGAUAGAAAGUUGGACUGCAAGGUUGCUUCCCUCAAGACAGUUUGGGUAUAUUGUUUUGACUACCUCUGCUGGUAUCAUGGAUCACGAAGAGGCUAGGAGAAAGAACGCUGGGGGUAAAGUGUUGGGUUUCUUCUACUAGGCUGGCUUUUAUAUGAGGAUUGCAUCUAUUUUCAAUUUUUGAGAGACUUGUGUGUUAAAUGAACAAUGUACUAGCUUUCUAUUUUCUAGUAGUAAUUUGCAAGGCUUUAUUUUGUUUGAA